AUGAAGCCUGCGACGACGACAACAAAAAUCCUGGCCGUGGAGGAUGCGCAAUUGAAUCCCGACUUUGUAUUCGAUAUUUCGGGAGAUCCAUAUUCUGAACUGAUGGAGGAGUCUAUGAACUAUUAUGACUUGGUCAGGAGCGGCAAUAAGCCGGAACCUAUCACUGUGGACGAUAUCAUUGAACGGCGCAAACGUAAUUCUCAUACAGCCAAAUGGCAGAACAUGGAACCGGAGGAUGAAAGUGACGAAAGCGCAGUAUCGGACAACGAAGAUCAGUCGGAAGACGAGGACAGCGGCUCGGACGAUGCGUACAUGGGACGUAAAGAUGAGACGCAUGAGGAAGACCCUCUAGCAACGUCUGACGAGAAUUCUGAAUCAGAAGAAGGAGAGCAGAGUGAUGAAAAAGACGAAGAAGAGGACGAUGAAUCAUCCGACAGUGAGUCGGAAGAAGAAACGCAGGCUGAUAAGGACCGGAAAGCUGCGUUCUUUGCAUCCGACAGCGCACCGUCUGAAGAGCACACGUCUUUCCUAUCAAUGAAUCUCUCGCGCCCCAUCAUCAAGUCAAUUACCUCCCUUGCGUUCCAUAAACCUACGCCUAUUCAAGCUGUCACUAUUCCUGUUGCUUUACUAGGAAAGGACGUAGUGGGAAAUGCCGUCACAGGCUCGGGAAAGACGGCGGCCUUCAUCAUCCCCAUGCUGGAACGACUUAUGUACCGCGACCGGGGCAAGAAGGCUGCUGCCACGAGAUGCCUCGUCUUGGUGCCGACGAGAGAACUGGGAGUGCAAUGUUUCGAGGUUGGAGCUAAGCUGGCUUGCCAUACAGAUAUCAGAUUCAGUCUUAUUGUUGGUGGUCUGUCCGUGAAGGCUCAAGAAGCGACGCUCCGUACACGGCCGGAUAUAAUCAUUGCCACUCCAGGUCGACUUAUUGAUCAUCUACGCAAUUCUCCCACAUUCACCCUCGACGCCCUCGAUAUACUUGUGUUGGACGAAGCUGACAGAAUGCUCUCUGAUGGAUUCGCGGAAGAGCUCACUGAGAUCAUCAAGUCGUGUCCUGCUUCGCGUCAGACGAUGCUGUUCUCUGCGACCAUGACAGAUUCCGUCGACGAGCUUGUGCGAAUGUCGCUCAACAAGCCCGUGCGCUUAUUCGUUGAUCCUAAACGCAGUACCGCUCGCGGGCUCAUCCAAGAAUUCGUACGUGUGCGAGCCGGGAAGGAAGCUGAGCGGUCUGCGAUACUCGUUGCGUUGUGCAAGAGGACAUUCAAGUCAGAAGUCAUUAUUUUCUUCCGCAGCAAAAAGCUUGCCCACCAGAUGCGCAUUGUAUUCGGCUUGCUGAACAUGAAGGCAGAUGAGCUGCAUGGUGAUCUCAGUCAGGAGCAGCGUCUCAAAGCCUUACAACAGUUUAGAGAUGGUGCGGUGGACUAUUUGAUGGCGACCGAUCUUGCAUCGCGUGGCCUUGAUAUCAAGGGCGUUCAAACUGUAAUCAACUACGACAUGCCCUCGCAGUUGGCACAAUACCUACACCGUGUUGGACGGACGGCUCGUGCUGGUAAGGUGGGUCGGUCAGUGACUCUUGUCGGUGAAGCCGACCGCAAGAUGCUCAAGGCGGCAAUUAAGCAUGCCACUGCUGAAGACUCGGUUCGGCACCGGCAAGUUUCUCCCGAGGUGGUGGCGAAAUGGGCUACGAAGCUGGACUCUCUCAAGCAGGAAAUCUCUGAGGUGCUGCAGGAAGAGAAGGAAGAAAAGCAGCUGCGCAAAGCCGAGAUGGAACUGAAGAAGGGGCAGAACAUGAUUGAUCACGAAGCAGAGAUUUUUUCGCGGCCAGCCAGAACGUGGUUCCAAACAGGGAAAGAGAAGGCAAAGGCAGAAGCCGUGAGUAAAGAGCAGUACGAGAGCGGCACUGGUUCCACGAAAAGAGGGAAGGACAAGAAGGCAGACGACAGCAAACCGAAAAGAGACAAGUUCGCUGGAUUAUCAAGGCGAGCGAAGCGUCGCAAGAUGGCUAUGGAAGAAGACGAGGAGGCCGGAGAAAAUGGAGCUAUUCGUGCUGCUGUGCGUUCCGUAAAAAAGGCCUCCAGACCUGCGAAAAUCGGUCAGCCAGAGCGGAAGCCCUCAUCGGCUGGUAAGAAGCGAGAAAAGGUAAAGGAAAGGAAGAAGAGGGGCAAGGCAGCGACACGCAUAGGCGGUGCUUUUGACAAAGAGAUGGGGAGAAGAUCUGUCAAGGAGGGAGUCCGCGCGAGGAAAGGGGAUGUUAUUGGUGGGAUGGGAAAGAAGAAGGGUAUGAAACGGAAGGCGAAGUAG